AUGGAGUACGCUGAUGGGCCGGAACUUCUUGGGCUCCUGUGCGCGGAUGCGGACUCAUCUCCUAAUGACGAAGCGGGCCUUCCACACGGCACGCCGGCUAGCCCAGCCCCUUCCGUUGCCGGAUCUCGUACAGUUCAACAGAGGACAGUGCCGGACUUCAUGCCAGGGCUCAAGGUUCCGAUCAGGCCGCUGCUCAUCCAGUCACCUCCGAGCCUCCGCGUCUCGCGCCCGCGUGAGGAACAAUCAUUUCUUCUUCCUUUACUAGUUGACAGCACUGCAAGUCUGUCCUGUCCUAUUAAGUGUUCUGCGGCUCGGCGUGCCCCAUCACUGACUGAUCACAACGAUUCUAGGAAUGAUGGCAUCCAUGUAGCUAGUGUAUAUGGACAUGAUCUCAUGAAAUCCUUAUCUGAUCUUCAGGAAGUUGUAUUUUCUCCUUUUAACAAAGCAUGUCUUCUCAGUAGUUGUAUCAUGUAUGUUCUACCACCCAGUUGUAUAGCAGAACCAUGUGAGCAAGCAUACUCUCUCCCUAACAUGCCAUUGCUGUUCGCAAUAGCCAUGGUUGGUGCUACUGUUGGAGGGCUCCUUGCGAGACAGAGGAGAGGGGAGCUUGCACGUCUAAAUGAUCAAUUACGUCAGAUAAAUGCUGCACUGAGAAGACAAGCCAAGAUUGAAUCUUAUGCUCCUACCUUGAGCUAUGCCCCAGUUGGUAGUAAGAUACCUGAAUCAGAAGUUAUUGUUGAUCCUCAGAAAGAGCGCCUAAUUGCAUAUCUCAGGACUGGGAAGAACUAUCUGAGAAACCAAGCUCCUGACAAGGCAUUUCCUGAGUUUAAGGCAGCUCUUGAUCUUGCACAAUCUUUAGGUGAUCAUGUUGAAGAGAAGAAGGCAGCACGAGGAUUAGGGGCAUCCUUGCAAAGACAAGGCAAGUACAAGGAAGCCAUAAAUUAUCACUCCAUGGUGCUAAACAUCUCCAAGAUGACCGGAGAGGAUGCAGGUGUCACUGAAGCAUAUGGAGCAAUAGCUGAUUGCUACACCGAGCUUGGUGAGCUCGAGAAGGCAGGCAAGUUCUACGAUAAGUACAUAGCAAGAUUGGAGAAUGAAUGA